UUAAGCCCCAGUCUGUUGACAGAAACCAAUCACCACCACCGGGAGAGAAAAAAAUUGUCGAUACAUUAAAUUGUAAAUGAAACAUUGCCGGGUGCUUCACAUGGCCUGAGGAAAAAAUAUUGAGUGCUCAUGUCCUUUUGAAACAUUUGACUGUUGUCGACCUCAACUAAUUCGGCUAGGAACCGCGUUGAACCUUAAAAAUGUCUACACAAUCAUCGGAGAAUUUAACUAGAUUUGCGCUAAGCGGAAUCUCUAACAUGUGUGGUGGAGCAGUAACAAACCCCAUAGAUGUCAUCAAGAUUCGCAUGCAACUUGAGAAUGAAUUGGGCUCAAAACAUAGCAGCAAGAAUAUUUUCAAAGACCGUUAUUAUAAGGGUUUUAUAAGAGGUGGAAUUAGAAUUUUCUCUGAGGAGGGCUUGAGGGGUCUUUAUAAAGGGUUGCUGCCAUCAAUGAUGAGGGAAGGAUCAUACAGUACCAUUAGGCUAGGAGCAUAUGAGCCAUUAAAAGUUAAGUUAGGAGCUACUGAUAUCGCUCACACUCCUCUGUGGAAGAAAAUUGUGGCUGGUGCAAUGUCAGGAACAAUAGGUAGUGCAAUUGCUACGCCCACAGACUUAGUCAAGGUUCGCUUCCAAGCCUUGGGACCUGGAAAAAAAUCAGAGUAUCGACACACUUUCCAUGCAUUUUUGAAAAUAGCACAAAAGGAAGGAGUAAGAGGAUUAUGGACAGGCGUGGGCCCAACAGUUCAGCGUGCAGCUAUUUUGACAGCGGCACAAAUUCCAUCAUAUGACCAUACAAAACAUACUUUAUUAAAUGCGCAGUUGAUGGAAGAAGGGCCAGCCUUACAUGGUGUAUCAUCUGUCAUUGCUGGAUUUGUGACAGCUCUUAGUACGUCACCAUUUGAUGUGGUGAAAACACGCAUGAUGAACCAGAAAAAAGAUGCCAGUGGAAAGCCAUUGGUAUACAGAAAUACCAUCCAUUGUAUAGGGAAAAUUGUUAGACAUGAAGGAUUAUUAGGAUUGUAUAAGGGAUUUAUACCAAACUGGAUGCGAAUAGGCCCUCAUACUAUUGUUACUUUUUUUGUCUUUGAAAGACUCCGAUAUUUGGUUGGUAUGAGUCCUGUGUGAAAGUGGCAGAGGUAGAAAUGGACCUCAGGUUGAGAGGUUCAGGCUCAAGACCCGGGUCUCGUUUUAUCUUUAUUUUUUAGAAUAAAUUAUUAUUAGUAAAUCCUUGUAGUUGGUUGUUGUCCAUAAUUGUUCUUACCAAAACUAUCAGCCACAGAAACAAAAUGGACAAUCUAGAGUGACACAACUAGCUUCUCUAUUAUUUAAAUUUUGAUUGGCUUCAGGGUCUGAUAAAUUACUGGAAAACAGGCCCAAGAUCAUUGUGUUGAGUGCUUGGGCAAAAUUCUUUACUGUCACAUUGCCUCUCUCCACCCAGGAGGAAAAUGAAAUGUAAUGUUGUUACUAAGUUUUUCUAAUAUGCUUGUUUAAGUGGUGCCCUGUUGUACUCACACGAGUUCUGUUGUACAUUAAAUUAUCUACCUUAGAUGAUAUUUGAGGAAAGUUUUUGUUUUAUUAGUUUUAGGCCUGGCAAAAUAUAUAGCAGAUGUACUAUUAACACUCUUAAUAAGUUAUUUGUAGGGUUUGCAAAGUUGCUGAAACCUUGGAACACUAGAAUUACUCUGGGAAGGAUUGUUGUCUUAAUGCAAUAAUGUCAGGCAUUAAUAUAUGCUACACAAGGGAAUAGUGCUUUUUACACACUGAAAUCCUUCAUGUCUCAGUUGCAGAAGUGAAUAACAAGUACUGUUUACCUUCAAGCUGCCAAAGAGACAAACUUACAUGUUAAGAGUUUCAUUUCCAACAAUUUUUUAGUAUCUUGAAAGAAUUGAACCAAUUUUUUGGUAUUUGUGUGGUAUAUACUAAAACAAUUUUUCACCUCGGUGUCUGCAAAAGUGGCAGAUAUUGACUUCACUGCUUCACAGCUCAGUAAAUAUCUACCACUAUUCAACUCCACGUUUGUGAAUAGUCAUUAGUUACAAAGAAGCCAACAUUGAAAGGAAAACUGGUUAUUGUUGGUGCAAUCAGUUAAUUUUAUUAUUGUAUUGCAUUUAACCUGCUAUACAUCACUGUAACACCCCUAAAAAACACAUUUGGGGAAGGGGGCAUGCCAUGCUCGUUUCAGCUCAGAAAAUAUGGCUUAGGGUUGGGCAGAAAAGUGGCCCAGUAACACAUUUAGUAUUUUUUUAUUUUUUAUUUUUUAUUUGUUGCUUUUCUAGGAUUAUGCGCAACAGAGUGCUUGCAAUAGCUUACUCGUCAUUGCAACAAUAACAUUAAAACUACACUUCACACUGUUAACAUUGCAAAGAGGUUUGCUUGUGGUAGUAGACUACACAAAGGGGUAAUUUUAUAAGAGCCAUGAGCUUGGCCUUUCGUGAGAUGAGAAAAUUAAAAAAGCGCAUCUUUAUUACAGGCACAAUUUGAAAACAACCACUUGCUCUUGUGAGAGCACUGCUGUAAC